AUCUGGAGAAUUUUCCCUCAGGUCGGAAGAAAAAACUCGGAGAGAAGGAAUCAAGAGGCAGGAAGAAGCAAGAAGAUGAUGAGGGAGUCCGCAAGGCUUCUCGCAAGAAGAUUUUUCUGGACCCCAAAAGCCACACCGAGAUCGCUUCUCUGCUCCGCUCGCGACUUCCCUUUCUCAUCGACCCCUCUCCCUCCUCAUAACCCUUCGUCCUUCGCUCCUCUCAAUCCAUGGAAACCUCCGAAUUCGAUCCCAUGGUUCAAAUUUGGAGAGCAGAAGAGGAGCAUGUUUAUUCAAACGCAAUCAACACCAAAUCCAAUGUCUGUCAUGUUUUAUCCUGGGAAACCAGUUAUGGAAGUUGGAAGUGCUGACUUUCCAAAUGCUCGUGCAUCCAUGAACUCACCGCUAGCUAAAUCCUUAUUUGGGAUUGAUGGAAUUACAAGAGUGUUCUUCGGGUCAGAUUUUAUAACAGUUACAAAAUCAGAGGAAGCAUCCUGGGAUUUUCUGAAACCUGAAAUAUUUGCUGCAAUCAUGGAUUUCUAUGCAUCUGGAAAACCACUUUUUCUGGAUUCCAAUGCGGCAGCUUCUAUGGACACGGCAAUUCAUGAGGAUGAUUCUGAAAUUGUUGCAAUGAUCAAAGAAUUGUUAGAAACCCGGAUCCGGCCUGCCGUGCAAGAUGAUGGUGGCGAUAUUGAAUACCGUGGAUUUGAUCCUGAUACUGGGAUUGUUAAACUAAAGAUGCAAGGAGCUUGUAGCGGCUGCCCGAGCUCAUCAGUAACCUUGAAAUCCGGCAUUGAAAACAUGCUCAUGCAUUAUGUUCCCGAGGUCAGAGGAGUAGAACAGGAAUUAGAUAAUGGAGAUGAGGACACGUUGUUGAAUAGCCAGAUGGAUUGACAGAAGAAAUAUUUUUUGGCUAAUUAUCUGCUCUCUGGAAUUUCCUAUUUUCCUUUACUGACUCCGAAUACAUUGGCAAAUCAGGGAAGAAUCAGGAGUUCUAGUUUAGGUUAGUGGCUACCAACUAAUGUAAAAUGCUACGUCUCAAUCUGUUACCGUGUGAGCUGUGGUCAUUCCUUCUUUACUCCGUUGAGAGAAUCCCGAAUAAAGAAUAAUGAACAGCCAUGGUGUUUUGAAUUGUUGCAUCUUUAUUUAAUAUUUAUUGUUUGGUGAAUAUGUUUUGGCUGUGUGCCUA